ACCAUCUCAUUCUAGUGUCAGCCUUUAAUCCUCUAGCUUAUUAAUCUCGACCAUUCUAGCUCUUCCCUUGAAGUGUUGCUUCUUAUAGAUCUAGCAUUGAUAUGGGUUCUAGUUUUGCACAAGCACUUUCUGCAAUGCUGCUGAUUGCUUCAAUGGUAGCAGUUUGCACUGCCAACAAGGAUUGGAAGCACGGGAACUACAGUACUGGUUGGGGCUCUAACCAUGGUCCAUAUCACCUCAACUCGACAAACGAACCCAACAAGAUCGUUGUUGGCGGUUCGGACUGGCAUUACGGUUUUAACUACGCAGAUUGGUCUUUGAAAAGUAGCUCAAUUUACGUCCAGGACACUCUAGUUUUCAAGUAUGAUCCACCAAACGACACCACACGUCCUCAUAGUGUGUACUUGCUACCAAACCUUUGGAGCUUCAUAAACUGCGACUUUAGCCAGGCCAGGAUGGUGGGUAGUCCAACUCAAGGCGGCGGAGACGGCUUUGAGUUUGUGCUUAAGAGCUGGCAGCCUUACUUCUUCGCUUGUGGCGAACACGAUGGUGCCCAUUGCAAGGACGGAAUGAUGAGGUUCUUUGUCUUCCCCAAAAUCCGCGGUUGGCACUGAGAGUUUGAGAUCGAAGCACUCCCAGGAAGAUCGGAUGUAGUGUUGUAAUUAAGCUAGAGAUGAAUGAUGGGCGCCAUUGUCAUCCCCAGAACAUUGAGAGCUCCUUGCUGCAACCUGCAAAGCAAUCGACUUUGCACAGAGGAGUUUGCAAUUUUGCCGGUUGUGUUCGAAACAUUUGGAGAUCCAUAGACAG